GGACCUGCCACUAUGGGGGACAUGAAGACCCCUGAUUUUGACGACCUCCUUGCUGCCUUCGACAUUCCAGACAUUGAUGCAAAUGAAGCCAUUCACUCUGGGCCGGAAGAGAACGAGGGACCAGGAAGCCAGGUGAAGCCAGAACCCAGUGUGAGGGACGAAUCUGGAGAAACAACAGCAGCAGCUGCUGGGGAUGGUGCUGGGGCUUCAGCCCAGGCUUCUGACCAUGGCCUGCCGCCACCAGACAUCUCGGCAGUCAGCGUUAUCGUCAAGAACACUGUGUGUCCUGAGCAGCCUGAAAGCCUAGCUGGGAGUUCAGGAGGGGAAGGGGCCCGAGCUGGGGGGGUGACUAAGGAAGGGCCUGUGGGCCCCCGUGUAAUGCAAAAUGGCUUUGGGAGCCCUGAGCCAUCCCUUCCAGGGACACCCCGCUCUCCAGCUCCUCCCAGUGGAGGUUCUUGGAAAGAAAAGGCCAUGGAAGGCAAAGCUCCCUUGGACCUCUUUGCUCAUUUUGGGCCUGAGCCAGGAGAGCAUCCUGACCCACUGCCUCCCUCUGCACCUUCCCCACCUCGAGAAGGGGCCAUGACCCCACCUCCUUUCUCCACUCCCUUUGAGUUGGCCCGGGAGAAUGGCCCAGCUUUGCUUCCACCUAGAUCGUCCCCUCCAUUGGGAGCCUUGAAGCAGGGCAGCUGCAGCCCUCUUUGUCCUCAAGGCCUCGGCCGGCGAGGUUCCAACUCCAGCCCUGAGACCACAAGCAUGCCUGCCAGCACCUCACCUUCCCGUGUGGCUGGGGUGCCCUUCUUCAAGCAGUCUCCUGGGCACCAGAGCCCACUCACCUCCCCUGAAGUGCCGGGUUGUCGUCCUGUAAAGGAAGAGGAAGAAGAUGAUGAGGGACCAGUGGAUAAGUCUCCCCCAGGAAGCCCCCAGAGUCCCUCUAGUGGAGCUGAGGCAGCAGAUGAGGACAGCAAUGACUCCCCUGCCUCGUCCAGCUCCUCUAGGCCCCUCAAGGUGCGGAUCAAGACCAUCAAAACGUCUUGUGGGAAUAUCACGAGGACUGUUACCCGAGUCCCCUCAGACCCUGAUACUUCUGCCCCUCCAGCUGAGGGGACCUUCCUGGCUGAGGCCAGUCUCCUAAAGCUGUCUCCAGCACCUCCGACUCCUGAGGGUCCAAAGGUGGUGAGCGUCCAGUUGGGGGAUGGCACGAGGCUAAAGGGCACCGUGCUGCCGGUGGCCACCAUUCAGAACGCCAGCACCGCCAUGCUGAUGGCAGCCAGUGUGGCCCGAAAAGCUGUGGUUCUGCCUGGAGGGACAGCCACCAGCCCUAAGACGAUGGCUAAAAAUGUGCUUGGCCUGGUACCCCAAGCCCUGCCCAAGGCUGAGGGGCGGGCUGGGCUGGGGACAGGAGGGCAAAAGGUGAAUGGGGCCUCAGUGGUGAUGGUGCAGCCUUCGAAGCCAGCCACUGGGCCGGGGGCAGGGGGCGGUACAGUGAUCUCGCGGACCCAGUCAAGCCUGGUGGAGGCCUUCAACAAGAUCCUCAACAGCAAGAACCUGCUGCCUGCCUAUAGGCCGAACCUGAGUCCUCCUGCUGAGGCAGGGCUGGCCCUGCCUCCAACAGGCUACCGCUGCCUUGAGUGUGGGGAUGCCUUCUCCCUGGAGAAGAGCCUAGCCCGGCACUAUGACCGUCGAAGCAUGCGCAUUGAGGUCACCUGUAACCACUGCGCCCGCCGCCUGGUCUUCUUCAACAAGUGUAGCUUGCUGCUGCACGCGCGUGAGCACAAGGAUAAGGGGCUUGUCAUGCAGUGCUCACAUCUGGUCAUGAGGCCUGUGGCCCUUGACCAGAUGGUGGGGCAGCCGGACAUCACACCCUUAUUGCCUGUGGCUGUCCCUCCUGUCCCUGGACCUCCAGCCCUGCCUGCCUUGAGCAAGGGUGAGGGAGCAGUUCCAUCCUCUGCCAUCACUACAGUUGCUGCUGAAGCCCCAGUGCUGCCACUCUCAACCGAGCCACCUGCUGCCCUUGCUACCUCUGCUUACACGUGCUUCCGCUGCCUGGAGUGCAAGGAGCAGUGCCGGGACAAGGCUGGCAUGGCUGCCCACUUCCAGCAGCUUGGACCCCCGGCCCCUGGGGCCACCAGCAAUGUGUGCCAGACCUGUCCCAUGAUGCUCCCUAAUCGCUGCAGCUUCAGUGCCCACCAGCGCAUGCAUAAGAAUCGGGCCCCCCAUGUCUGUCCUGAGUGUGGGGGCAACUUCCUGCAAGCCAAUUUUCAGACCCAUCUUCGAGAGGCCUGUCUGCAUUUCUCCCGUCGAGUAGGAUACAGGUGCCCCAGCUGUUCAGUGGUGUUUGGGGGUGUGAACUCCAUCAAGUCCCACAUCCAGACGUCGCACUGCGAGGUUUUCCACAAGUGCCCUAUCUGCCCCAUGGCCUUCAAGUCUGCACCCAGCGCGCAUGCCCACCUUUACACCCAGCAUCCCAGCUUCCAUACACAGCAGGCCAAGCUGAUCUACAAGUGCGCCAUGUGUGAUACCGUCUUCACUCACAAGCCCCUCCUCUCCUCACACUUUGACCAGCACUUGCUGCCCCAGCGUGUUAGUGUGUUUAAAUGCCCAUCCUGCCCUCUGCUCUUUGCCCAAAAGAGGACCAUGCUGGAACAUCUCAAGAACACCCAUCAGUCGGGACGCUUGGGGGAAGAGACUGCUGGGAAAGGGGCUGGGGGUGUCCUUCUGACCCCUAAGACUGAGCCUGAGGAGCUAUCUGUGUCUCGGGGAGGGGCAGCCCCUGCUACUGAGGAAUCGUCUUCAUCUUCAGAAGAAGUACCCAGCUCCCCUGAGCCCCCCCGCCCAACCAAGCGCCCCAGGCGUGAACUAGGGAACAAAGGCAUCAAGGGUGGGGGUGGGGGGCCUGGCGGCUGGACCUGUGGCCUUUGUCACUCUUGGUUCCCUGAACGUGAUGAGUAUGUGGCUCACAUGAAGAAGGAGCAUGGCAAGUCUGUGAAAAAGUUCCCCUGUCGCCUAUGUGAGCGUUCCUUCUGCUCAGCUCCCAGCCUGAGGCGCCACGUCAGGGUCAAUCACGAGGGUAUCAAGAGAGUUUAUCCAUGCAGGUAUUGCACAGAGGGAAAACGCACCUUCAGCAGCCGUUUGAUCCUGGAGAAGCACGUCCAGGUCCGGCACAGCUUGCAGCUUGGAGCCCAGUCCCCUGGCCGGGGGAGUGCCCUGGCUCGGGGCCCAGGUGCCAGAGCCCAGGGGCCAGGACGGAAACGCCGCCAGUCUUCUGAUUCUUGCAGUGAGGAGCCUGACAGUACAACACCGCCAGCCAAGUCCCCCAGAGGUGGACCUGGGUCUGGAGGCUACGGCCCCUUGCGCUAUCGGAGCAGUGGCUCAGCGGAGCAGAGCCUCGUGGUGGGGUUAAGGGUGGAUGGUGGUACCCAGCAGUGCCUCGACUGUGGUCUGUGCUUUGCCUCCCCAGGCUCUCUGAGUCGGCACCGGUUCAUCAGCCACAAGAAGAGGCGGGGUGUGGGUAGUACAAGUGCCCUGGGGCUGGGGGAUGGUGAGGAAGAGGCUCCUCAGCCAAAGUCUGACCCUGAAGGUGGAGAGUCACCUUUGCCGGCUUCUGGGGGCCCAUUGACCUGUAAAGUGUGUGGCAAGAGCUGCGACAGCCCACUUAACCUCAAGACCCAUUUCCGCACGCAUGGCAUGGCCUUCAUCAGGGCUCGGCAAGGAGGUAGUGGGGAAAACUAG